AUGAUGCCUCAAACAACGACAAUAGUACCCGACAUUGACGAACGGGAAGAAAGUGAAGAACCACAGAAGCAUACACAAAAACCAACACCUGUUCUUAAAUGUUUCCUGGAACAGGAAGAUAACAAAACGCCAGUUGAAACGGAAAUAAUUAGGAAAUAUCCACAAAAGCCGCACCGCGUAAACGGUCCGGAUAACGGCAAACCAAAAGAAGGUGACGGUGAAAAUCUCUAUGGUGGUUACGGUCCGAAUGGAGGCAAUGCUGGAGGACCGACUGACAACGGUGGUGGUGGUCCUGGCGGGUACGGUCCGAAUGGUAGAGGUCCGAAUGGAGGCAACGGAGGAGGACCGACUGACAACGGUGGUGGUGGUCCUGGCGGGUACGGUCCGAAUGGUGGAGGUCCGAAUGGAGGCAACGGAGGAGGACCGACUGACAACGGUGGUGGUGGUCCUGGCGGGGGC